AAUUGAUAGAUUUUAUUAUGUGGUGGGUGUUGUUAUCUAAUUUAGUUUGUGUGUGAAUCAGCCUUAGUCACGGGCUUGCCUCCUCCUCUGUAGGGAUCAUUUGAAUAGACUGUAAUUUGUUUUAUUAUUCACCAUGGGUCCCAUCUGAGAUGGCAGUGGCUAUGUCCGCCCAGCAUGGAUAGUCUCCAAGUCUCAGGCAGUAGUAAACACUCGAGUCGCAGUCCAUCGCCCUGUAGGCUCUCCGGCAAGAAUAAUGCAGGACCGCACCUGGUGGACGGGAGCAUGAGUCGGUGUAAGUCACCCGUGACCUCACGCCACGAACGGGGCGGGUCCAAUGACGCAGCGAUGGUCCGGCCCGACACCUCGUCCAAUCACGGCUCUGACGACCCCCCACCCAACAAUGAUGAUGAGCCGGAUUUGUACCUCCAAUCAGCAUCCUUUAUCUCCAAUGGGUCGAACGAGCUGGUGGAGGACUGUGACGGGGAGAAGACCAAGGCUGCCAUCGAGCACAUCUCAAACAAGAUCAACAGGACACGGGAUCAGAUUCGGGGCGAGCAGACGGCCAGAGACGAUAAUGUGGACGAGUACCUGAAGCUGGCGUCUAACGCAGACAAGGUCCAACUGACGAGGAUCAAGGCGGUGUUUGAGAAGAAGAACCAAAAGUCGGCACAGAACAUCUCACAGCUGCAGAAGAAGUUGGAGAGUUACAACAAGAAGUUGAGGGAACUGGAGAUGCAUGGUGUCUCCGGCCACCACCAUCGGCAGCCCAGGGAGAUGCUAAGAGACAUGGGACAGGGUCUGAAACACGUUGGAGGAAAUAUCCGAGACGGAAUCUCUGGUUUGUCAGGGUCUGUGAUGUCGAAACCACGAGAAUUUGCACAUUUGAUAAGAAACAAAUUUGGCAGUGCAGACAACAUCAACUCCAUGUCAAGGAGCGGGGAAACAGAUGGCGAGGAGGGGGGAGAGAGGGGGCACCACGGGAGUGCAACACUGCCGGGCAACUGCUCUCUGGGCUCGACACACAGUGCAACGGGCCUCAAGUUCCCGAGCGAUGACGGCAGCGAGUGCAGUAGCGUGACGAGUGAGAGCGUACCCGGGGCGACCACAGCUUCCCCCCACUCUAUACCCACCCACACCCACCCCCACCCGCAGCCGGCCGGUUACGAGGUGCUUCUCGCAGAGGUGCGCAGGAACAAGCAAGAGAUUGAACGGCUCAAGGACAAGAUGGAGGCGUUCAAGCAGGCUGUACACAAGGAGGUGACGUACCUGAGUCAUGCCCUGACAGAGGAGAGGUUCCGCAGCGAAAGGCUCGAAGAGCAGGUCAAUGACCUUACAGAACUGCAUCAGAACGAGGUGGAAAACCUCAAAACAACUAUCACCGACAUGGAGGAAAAGGUUCAAUACCAGAGUGAGGAGAGGCUUCGAGACAUUCACGAGGUUCUUGAGUCGUGCCAAACCAAGAUCUCCAAGAUGGAGCACCAGCAGGCUCAGCAUCAACAGUACCUGACACUGGAGGGUCUGGACAACUCUAGCGCUAGGGCUCUUGUGGUCAAGUGCAUCAAUGUGGUGCUGACUGUCCUGCAAGUCAUCUUGCUGCUGAUGGCCACUGCAGCAGGCAUCAUGAUGCCAUUCCUUCGCACCAGGUUACGCUGCCUGACUACUAUAGGCCUGCUGAUAGUAGCUGUGGUGGUCAUGAAACAAUGGCCUGAACUCAUGGAUGUCACCAAACUGGUUGUUGCAGCCAAGCUGAGUAUGGGUGAGCAUUGGGUCUCGCCCGCCCCAGCCUCGUAGCCACAAGUGUCCUUCACGACCCGACAUGUUGACUGUACUCUUAUUGAUUUUUACUACUUCUCCGUAGACUUGAAUCUGUUAAUAUUGUUUUACAAAAAUGUGAAAUAUCAAACAAUCUUUUAAUGUGUAAUUAAGAUAUAAUUUUCAGUAGGAUAAGUGUUACGCUGAAUUAUUACAUUAAUAUAGCCUAUGGACUGUUUUUUUUCCUACUAAACUCAGUCAACAUGUUCUGGAAAUGAGUCUAGUUAUGAUGUAGCCUACAGUAAGUGGAAUUUGCCACUGCUGGUGGUUCUUGUGAAGGUCUCAGUACACCAACUUGUGAUUGACUGAUUGUUUCCAUUCGUUUGUUAAUUGAUUGUUUUGUAUAUUUUAUUAUUGUAUUCAAUUAAGAAGCAAUGUGAUAUAAUUAACGUAACGUUAAGCGAGUUAAGUAGAUUUUUUCCCGCCUGCUCUCUAAAAACUCCGUCAAUUAUGGACAAGAUGUACUUAAUAGACUGGACUGUAACCCCCCGUUCCGUGUGCUCCGAGUCACACCGGUGUUGAGCAGACUGUUGUAAGUGUACAUUUCUGUGUGAAGUUAGAGUAGGAAUUUAUUCCGACACCAAAGUUCAUUUGGGGAUUUGAAUUAUUUAUCGUUAAGUUUACAAAUGAUUUAUUAGUGGAUGAAUAUUUGGAUAUUCGGAGAGCUCAAACCUAGGAAUGUUGAGACUGCAUGUUGCACAUAACGUCUCUUAACGUAUUGUUUAGUGAUUUGGUUUGUAAUAACUUUUAGUUUCUGUGUAGAGAAUUAAAAAUAAGAAAUUCAAGCGACCAAUACAUUUAUUCUUGUACAUCAUCUACUAGGAAGAUUUAAAUGCUUUUAAAGUUUAGUCAUUUAGAAUCUGAUUAGCUAUUAAAAUUGUACAUCAACUCGAGUUGAUCAAUUUGUAUUCUGAGUGCAUGAAAUUUUAAAUUAACUAUCAUUAUAACUAUUAAGUUUUUAUGUAUGAAAAGUAAAUUUAAGUGUUUUUAUUCUGACUGCAUUUUAAAUAGUACCUCCAUGUGUCCGGAUAUUGAAUUAAAUCUUGCUAAGAAUUUUAUGGAAUAAAGCAGCAUAAAUGUUUGUUUUUAUAUUCAGUUUUUGAUGCACUCUACUGUAAAUAUUAUUAUGUGGAUUAGAACUUUGGUCAAAUAUAAGUAAACAUGUGACAACGGGAAUUUGAUAUAAAAUUAUGUACCUUAUAUCUAAAUGUUAUAAACUAAAUUUAACAACAAGUGAGUUGUAGUUUGCUGGUGUACCACAUCAUGGACUCACCUCUUUCUAAAAUUAUUUAACUUCUAGCCUUUUUUUGGCCAUAUAGUUGAACUUUUAAAGUAUUCAAUAAAAUAAUUAACCCUCCAUCUGCCACACAACCAAUUUCGCUUUCAAAGAGACUCUUGUCUCAAUUACUGUUUUAAAUUUCUAUUACAUUAUACAAGUCCUGUCUUUAAUUCUUGUAUUCUAACAAUGAAAUAAAUCAGAUCAUAUAUGCAUUAAGCAUAAUAUAUAUAUAUAUAGGUACUGAUUUCACACAGCUUAUGCUUGUGCUGAUAUAUAUAUAUAUAUAUAUAUAUAUAUAUAUAUAUAUAUAUAUAUAUAUAUCAGCACAAGCAUAAGCUGUGUGAAAUCAGUACCUAGUGCCAUCUUUCAAUAUUUUCUCAAUACUUACUUACAGGUUAUGGUUCUACUAUGGUUAAAGGUUGGAUAUUCAUUCAUUAUUCAUUUUAUAAAUAUGCAAUACAGCAGUAAAAUAUAAAAAUAGUUUUUUAUUUAUUGGUUUUAGACCUAUAAACACAAUUUAUAAAUUAAAAUGUUCAUUUAUCUUGUAACUGCCUUGUAAAAUUUAUUUUAUCUUAGCUUUAUAAAAACUAAGAUUCAAAUAAAUAAUCUAAACAUCACAUUUCUUAUAAAGCUUUAUCACAUCAAAGCUAUGUUGGACUUAUCAGUUUGUAAAAAUGUUUGCCAUUGUUGUGUAUUUUCACAUUGUAUACAAUAUUAUUUCUUUCAAAUAAAUCAUAAAAAUGCAAUUUUCAAAAUUAUUAUUUUGUUAUUUUUUUUGUAAAGUAGUACUAUGUAUAAUAAUAAUAAUAUAAGCAGCUAGAAUUUUAACAAUGGAAGUUUAUACAGAUUUAUGAAAAGAGCUUGUGAAUUCGCUAAAAAGGAGGGGAAGAUGGAGGGUUAAGUACAGAUCCAGCAACAUUAUAAGUAGUAACCAAAUCAUUUCUUUUGUUUAAUUCCAUUCUGUAGACCUAGUAGAAAUCUAAAAUUGGAAUAUUUUGUCACAUUUGGCCAACUCAGAAAUAAAAUUUCCGUCCAACUAUAAUUAUUAACUAAUAAAAGAUUUGUCAGAAACUUUUCUAUUUCCAGUUUAUGCACGUUAGUCUUUAAGUUUUUUAUCUAAUUUAUUGCCGUUGUUAAUUUUUCAUUGUGAUUUUACCAAUUAUUAAAUUGUUUUAAAAUUGUCUCAUUAUUAAUAAAAAUGUGAAUCACUCAUAAAAGCAUCAUAUUGUACAGCUCUUCAGGAAUAUUUAGUUGUAAUAAUAGUUUAUACUAAUGAGACUGCUUUUGUUUAGAGUAAACACGUGUUCUCUAAUAAGAAUUAUAAUAAUAUAAAGAUUUUGAUCUAAUAAAUGUUUGAUAUACAAACAAUAUUAAAGCAGCAAUAUGCAACAUUUUGUUGUUAUUAAGUUAUAAUCAACUUAUAAAUAAAAAUUGUUUUAAUUUGGUUUUCUUAUUUAUUACAUUUUUAAUGGUCAUAUUGUAAUGAAACAGUAUUUUAUAAUACCUCUGUUGCCUUUUUUUGGUCCAUAAUUACAUUUUGUUAGUAUUACCAUAUGAGUUAUAAAAAAUACAGAUUAUAUAUUUACCAUUGUCAUGUAAGUAAUGCAUAACCACUGAAAAAACAUGCAAUUUGAAUAAAAAUGUUGAAUUAAAUUUAGAAUUAUGUAUUUAAAUUUAAGAUUGUAACCAAGAACUUCAUGUACUAAAUAUUUUUUACCUUUUAGGGUAAAAAUAUAAAUGAUUAUAUCAAAAUUAUUUUACAGGAUAGUUGAAUUGAUUUUUGGCUGUGAAGCAAUAUAUGAAUGCUGUUGGAUUUGAAUUAUUUUUAGUUAAUAAUAAAAGUAGUAAAUUGUAUCAAUAAUACUUAACAUGUCCAUCACAGACUAUUUAUUUGUAACGUGUUUAGAAAAUAAACAAAAUUUUUAUUUGAAAAUUUAUUAUGUUAAAAGUUGAUAUUUACGUUAUUACAUUAAUAUUUUAUAAACUAAAUGUAAACAUUGUAGUAUUUUUUAUUUUUAAACAUAACUUAAUAAAAAACUCCUUAAGUGUUAGGAUAAUAUGCUAAGAAAUAACUGAGGUUUAGUUAUUGUGGAUCUACAUAUGGUGAGAUGCAGUUGUAUUCAGUUCAAAAAGUACAUUUCUAAAGUACGAUGUGAAAGUUAUAUAAAAACAAAUAUUAUGAAAUAUGUUUUACAAAUUAUGUUUAAAUCAGAAUAUUCUGGUAUUUAAUUCAUUUCACCUAAGUAUAUGUUGUGUCAUUUUGUUUUUUUUUUGUCUGGAUCAAGAUGUAUACUAUAUUAUAUCAGUAUAAUUUUUAGACGUUUGUUUUAUAAAAUUAAAAUGAAUUAUUGUUUGGAAUGGGUAUAUUACUGGAGUACACGAAAGCGUGUUUAUAUAUUAUUAGUUAAAUGUUAUGUCGUGUUUGAGUUGUAAUAAAGUGAUAGCCAGCCACCUUGAUUGUGUAUAUAAUUGUAAAUACUUGAUAAUACUUGUUAAUACAUUAGAUUUAAUAGUGGAGGACUGAUGGUGUGUGGCCUCUUAGUAUGUUCUAAGGUUGCUGCAACAUUACACUUUUUUGUGUUAUUUGUAUUGAAUAUUAAAAAAAAAUUUUUUAUAUGUACACAUGCCAUUGUCCGAUAUGAAAACCGAAAAUAAUAAAUUUAGAAGAUUUCUGCUCUCUUCUAUAGGCGGAAAAUUUAAAACACUCAGUUAAACACGUCAGAUAAGAUAUGUCAAACAUAUAUUUUUGUUGAAACCGGACUCCUAGCUUUUUUAAGGUGAUUUUCCUGUAAUUGGCAAUUUUUCUGAAAAUAAACGUCAACAUCGGUGCAAACAUUUUACCUUUAUAUACUAGACAUUACAUUUAAAUGUUGACUCUCUGCCAGAGCUCUGGAAGUUGUAUUUUGAUCUUUAUUUAAAUAACCAUAGAACCAAAAUUUAAUCACUUCAUGGGAUGUUGGUCAUAAAAAAACUUGGUACAGGUUUUGCAAAAUUUUGUUUAAAAAUUCAGUAUGAAAUAUUGUCAUAAAAUACAUUAUUUCUUUUAAAAACACAGUUUAAACUUGGCGUAUGCAUAUGCGUAUGUCAUGUUAAAGUGGUUGAAUGAUGAUUUUAAUGAACAUUUAAGUGUCUUCUGUACUAUUUUGUUAGAUGUUUUGUCUCAUUUUUUUAUUUUCAUAUAAAUAUUAUGUAUGUGAUCAAAUUACGUGAUAUAUUUGAGAAUUGACAAAACUGGUUAUUGCACAUCGAGAACUUAUUCGAUGACUGAAGAAAGAGCAGACCGAACAUUAGGGUUUGGCUUGCACGUACCAGAACACUUGGGUUGUCAAGGGAAUAAUUAUAUAAAUUAUACUCUAUCCGUUAGGGCUCACAGCUGUUCAGAUACAGUAUAGUUUAGAAAGUAUAAUAUCUCUGUAUAUACAGAGUGCGGCAGAAUCAAUUAAGCGGUUUUUGGGAGUUAUAAAAAAGUAACAGAGCUUGGUAUACAUAAAUGGAGUUUAUAUUAUUAGUAAAUACCAUUUUAUGUUCUCUAAGUUUUGAAUAUAACAUCCUUAAGUAAGGAUUGUUGAUCGAAUGGGGAUGUUGAGUUUAGCUCCAUUUAAUUUCAAUUGUGCACUGAAAAAAUGAUGAGAACACCUUUUUAUUGAGAUUGCACUUAAUUUUGUAGUUUAAGUCUCUCUGAUGUCGAAACGACAGUUUGUAUUGAAUUUCUUCUUCACCAACUUUUAGGAUUUCUUCAAACGGAUGUGGAAGGAUCAAGAAGUUAAAAUUUCAGAUACUGCACUAAGUGAAAGGUGUAAUGGAGCUGAAUUCAACAUUCGCGUCCUAAAGAUAUCGGAAAUUAGCAGCAAAGCAUUGCUGAAGACAAUCUCGGAAGUUUUGUAUCCUCUUGACAUAUAUAUCAUAGGGGAUGGUGUUGAUAUCCUCAACAAUCCGCUCUGUCAGUGUGUGUGAGAAUAAUGUUUGAACACUAAUCUUCAGUUAUUGCCAAAAGAAGAAAUCAUAAAUACCCAAGUCUGGUGACAAUGUAAGCCACUCCACAAUUUACGUUGUGAUCACUGAUUACUGUUUUAAUGAUGUGCCCGCACUAAAAAGCUUCAAUAGUCUUAGUCCAAACCUUGUUGAAUACUGAAAUGUGGUCAUCGAUGGAAGACAGUACAAACAGUUUCACCCAUUUCCACAGCAAGAUAGUUAGCUUAGCAUAAUUGAUUAAUUGGUUCUGGCGCACCCUGUAAAUCACAGAAUAUCUCUAGCAUUGAUCAUGUGCAAUGUUGCUGCAACCUUAGUGUAAUCUAUCCGAAUUGUAAAUAUUCAUGUACAGUAGAGUGAAUGGUUCAAUAGGCCUAAUGAUCACAGCUUGUUAUAUUUUCUGUACUCCUAUGUUUUUUUUAUAUAUUUGGUGUACAAUGUAUAUCUUUUCUUUUUCACAUUUAUUCACACAUUUAUUUAUUUAUAUUAUUUGAAGGGUAUUUUUAUACUUGAAAUUUAAUAUUUUAUUACAGUGUUUCCAAUGUACAUAAAGUAUUGUGUAAUAAACGCAUCAUUUUAGCCCUA